AUGUCCUACAGAUAUUCUGCCAAAGUCAAAGUGCCUCCGGGCUUGAGGACUCUUUUGGAAGGCCUCGGUCGGUCAGUGGUGGAAAGACGGCCAGAUUCCAUCUCACAGUUUGCUACAUUUUACUUCGUAGAGCUAUUGCACUUCAGGACAGGUACACAUGUUUGUUGAGAAUAACUCAUUUUUUAAAAACAAAUGUCAUGAAAUAUGUUGAGAAAACUGAAGUAACAGGUUUCAUUGCUAUGUUGUGUACAGAAAAUCCAACUCUUGCCAUCAACGACCUUGUGAGAGAAUUCAAUGCAACUAAAGGUAGGCCUAACUAGAUAAUAUAUCAUAAUGAUAAGGCCAUGCCCAAGUAUCAAAACAGGUACCAGAAGAGUAGCCUACUGUAGUAAAGAUGGAAAGUCCAUGGCAGCACAAAUCAUUAAUCAUGUGACUAUUACAAAUCUCCUGGUUUUGUAAAUUCAAAGUCAAUCAAAUACCGUUACCCUUAUAUUUAUUUUUCUCUUAUAGUGCCUAAGUUCUCAAGUCAUGGCAUUGGAGCUGUGAUUGCUCCGCUGGCAGUUCAGAAUGAAAGUGCCACAGCAGUCUCUCCUGGUGGUCAAUAUGUCCAAACAUUUGGAAUUUACCCUCCGGCCGGGAUUUUCCCAACUCUUCCCAGUAUUCCAGGAGUGGAGGAGCAGGAUGCUGAGCAGCCCUGGGUCCACAGCCAGGACAUUCUGUACACUGUCACAAUGUUGCCUGGUCUAUCAGGCUCAGAAGAAGCUGCAGAAGCAACCUCCCUGGCAAGCCAAUACCUCAAUGACUCUGGCCUCCAGAGAAGUCUGCAGGCAGUUACCUCUAACGUGUCCCCUCACCCCAUCUCAACAGAGCAGGCCGAAGAUGUAGUCGUCUUCUGCAGGAAAUCCAUCAAUGACUGCAUGACGGCUACCUGUGAUAUCAACUCUGCUGCUCCAGACCAGUGCCGGCGAACCAAGUCAGCUUUCUUCGAGAGGGUCCCACUGAGUGAGAUCUAUCACAUAUCUAAUGCUGUUCUGAUUAGGACACCUUCUGUGCCCUGCGAGUACAUGAUUGUGGUGCAGUCAGAUAAGGUCCCAAAGACCAUAGUGUUUCAGAGAGUCUCAUCAGUCAGUAAGAAAAUGAGGAAUGCUCAAACAGCAGCAGCUUGUGGUGACGCCACUGGUGCCCCAGGUAACACCCAGCCUGAAAGCACACCCUGUUUCACGCCGCCUACAGCCCCAUCGCAGGUGGUCAAAGAUCAGCCAGCCACCCAAUUGGUCACGCCCCUAGUGCUGACUGAGGACACAGCUUUCUGGUGA